AUGCCGCUCACCGGACACUGCCUCUGCAAGGCCGUCACCUACACGGUCGACGUCGACGCCCCGAUCCUGACGGGCUACGACCACUGCGAUGACUGCCAGCGCCAGUCCGGCUCAACAUACUCCCUUGUCUGCGUGGUGCCCAAGGACAAGUUCACAUCCCAGGGUCCUCUGAAGAAGUGGAAGGGUAUUGCCGACUCUGGCAACGCAGUGUGGCGUUGGUUCUGCGCUGAGUGCGGUUCGCCCAUCGCCCAUGAUCCUGAGGGCGCGCCUGAAAUCAUUGCCCUCAAGGGCGGCUCGUUGGAUAUGGAGAUCAAGAAAACGCUGAAGCCGGAUACCGAGAUCUGGACAGUCAGCAAGCUGCCUUUCUGCCAGGAGAAUCUGGCUAAGCCAUUCAAGUACAUGCCCCAGUGA